AUGGGUCUCCUCACACUUCACGAAGACAGGCCAACGCCGUCUUGCGUCUACAACUGGCGUGUCUACUGUCUCGCCUUAGUGGCGUCAUGCGGUUCCAACAUGAUCGGUUAUACUAGUGCCUUUAUUGGUACUACUAUCGAUCUUGACUCCUUCCUGUCUGAGUUCGGCAUCACGGAAGCCCAAGAAGAUUUGAUUAGUGAGAACAUUGUCUCGCUCUUCAUUGCUGGUGCCUUUUUUGGUGCUCUUCUCACAUACGGCCUGAGCCACUGGAUCGGUCGUAAAUGGUGUCUUGCCAUUGCUUCUGCUGUCUUCAUCAUUGGUGCUGCCCUCCAAUGUGCUGCUUCUAGCAGCACUGGCUUAGGAAUCUUAUACGCUGGUCGUGUCUUGUGCGGUCUGGGUACUGGUGUCGCCUCCAACAUUGUCCCCAUCUAUCUUUCGGAGCUGGCUCCCCCUGCUAUUCGUGGCCGUCUUGUUGGUCUCUACGAACUUGGUUGGCAAAUUGGUGGUAUGCUGGGUUUCUGGAUUAACUAUGGUGUUGAACAGCAUAUUGCGGAAUCCAAAGAGCAAUGGGUCAUUCCUUUUGCCAUCCAGCUUAUUCCCUCUGGUAUGCUGCUACUUGGUACUCUUUGGAUGCGGGAAUCCCCCCGCUGGCUUUUCCUCCACGACCAGCGUGCUCAGGCCAUGAAAAAUCUUUGCUGGAUUCGUCAAUUGACUGCUAGCGAUAUCUACAUCACUGAGGAGGUGGCUGCUAUUGAUCAAGCUAUCGAGGCCCAGAAGAAUUCUGUUGGUCUUGGUUUCUGGCAGCCUUUCAAGGCUCUUCGCAGCCGUCCUCUCCUGUGCUACCGUCUCUUCCUGGGAUGUAUGCUCUUCUUCUGGCAGAAUGGAUCUGGUAUUAACGCCAUCAACUACUAUUCUCCUACCAUCUUCAAGAGUCUAGGUGUCCAAACUAACACUGUUGAUAUCAUGACUGGUAUUUUCGGUGUCGUGAAGGCUGUCAUGACUAUUAUCUGGUUGCUCUUCCUUGUUGAUCAAUUCGGUCGCCGAAAGCUUCUACUUGUUGGUGCUGUCACUGGCUCCGUCUGUAUGUGGAUCAUCGGUGCUUACGUCUACAUCGUCGAGCCUACCAAGCACAACAUCACUUCUCUCAACGGCAGCGGUAUUGCUGCUAUCUUUUUCUUCUACCUCUGGACUGCCGUCUACACUCCCACAUGGAACGGUACCCCUUGGGUUAUCAACUCGGAAUUCUUCGACCCCAACUUCCGUUCCCUCGCCCAGGCCUGCACAACUGCCAGCAACUGGCUUUUCAACUUCCUCAUCUCUCGUUUCACCGAGCAGAUGUUCACUGCCAUGGGAUACGGAGUCUACAUGUUCUUCGCUUCCCUCUCCUUCCUCGCCUUCUUCUUCGCCUUCUUCCUCAUCCCCGAGACCAGUGGUAUCCCUCUGGAGAAGGUCGACCGCCUGUUCCAGUGCAAGCCUGUCUGGCGCGCCAACAAGCAGCUCAAGGCUAUCCUGGCCGAAGAAGAAGAGCAAUUCCGCUUCGAUAUUAAGGACCAGGCUGUUCACCAAGAGAACCGUGACGAGUCUGAUGGCCCUGCCCAGGUCUAA